GGAGGAAAACGGAUCAUCACCACAUGCUGCUGCUAAAGUCUCUCGAAUCUUUACGGUGAAAGAAGCUGUUAUCAGAGCCUCAAUCAACGACUUCAACAAAAUUCCAGUUCAAAAUCGUCAGAAAAAAACAGCACAACAUGUCACUGAUGAUCUUAGUCUUUUUGGGGACAUGUAUUGGGUUUGGAUCGGUUAUGGCAACGCCCGUUUUGAUGCAAAACGUAAAAAGUGAUCAGGCCAUCAAUUUCAAAGCUGGGAAGCCACUUACUGACGAAGAACUCAACAGUCAAUUUUCCAUCUUAACGAGAGGAUCUGCAGAUGAAUUCUUUCCGUGGGACAAACAGGAUCCUCACCUCCUGGAAGGUGACAUUAAGGCAUGGGGAGAAAAAAAUGCUAUCAUAUACACUAAUUAUCGUUGGCCGAAAGCAACCAUUCCCUAUGUCAUCGCAGACACAUACACUGCCGAUCAGCGCCUAGUCAUCGCAUUUGCCAUGAGUACCUAUCACAACAAUACGUGCAUUCGUUUCGUUCCGCGAACCUGUGAAACCAACUACAUCAGGAUCUACAAAAGUGGUGGAGGCUGCUGGAGCUAUAUAGGCCUCAUUAAUCAAGGUGUCCAGGAUGUGAGUCUCGAUGAUGGAUGUAUCGCGUCUUGGGCACCAGGAGUCGUCAUGCACGAGCUAAUGCACACCGCUGGAUUCUUCCACGAACACUCGCGUCCAGAUCGUGAUACGUAUGUAUCCAUCAAUCUAAACAACGUUUUAGACCAGUACAAAAGCAAUUUCAAUGCACUGACAACGUCACAGGUCACCACCUUAGGACUUUCUUACGAUUACGGAUCUGUGAUGCAUUAUCCAAGGAAGGCAUUUGCUAUUGACAGUACAAUUGAUGUCAUCACGCCACUUAUUGGUACACCUGUCAUAGGACAACGAACAGGAUUUAGUUCGCUGGACCUCCAGAAACUAAAUGCUUUGUACUGCACGGCCACAUCUGGUUAAACAGUUUCUUGAUCCAGAAAAGGUUUCAAUGGAUUCUUGUCUAUUGGUUGCCACCUUUGACAUAAAUUGACACAACUUGAUCACCCAUUUCGACUAAAAACAACUAUCUUUUCAUGCUUUAACUUGUUUCCCUUUCAAUGAGAACUGAUCCCUGACACCCUAUUGCACAAAUAGAAGCAUUCAAGUUCUGUUUGCUUUGCUGGUGAAUUGCUUUUACUUUAUUCUUUAAAUACACAGAGUUUUAUUUAGCAUGAAAA